AUGCUGGUGACCUAUUUGGAAGCCAGCCGGGACCUUUGCGAGACGGAUUCAAUUCUUUUUGGCGCCGCACUGGCAGCAUGCCGUAUUAUUGGCGCCAAACUUCCCGUGGCUGGACGUGCUACUCAAAAAAGUACCGCCAUCCCAGCCUGGAGAAAAAGAAUUGAGGACCGUAUCGCAAAGGCAAGGGCCCUUAUCGGCAGACUGACAAGCUUCAGGUCGGGUAAUAAUAGACCGAGGAUUAUGCGCACCGUUAGGAUGGCGUUUGCUGGGACAAAUAUCAGUUUGUUCCAGCCGGAUAUCACGCAAAAACUAACGGAGCGCAUAGAUGACCUGAAGCAAAAAAUCGCUGCUUGGGGGAAGCGGAUUCGACGCUUUAGCGAGAGGUCUAGGCGGUUCAACCAGAAUCGUCUCUUCCAGAGUGAUCAGAAGAGGCUCUAUAAAUCAUUGGAGCGACCAGAGGUAUGUGGAGCGGGCCCAGGACCGGAUCAGGCUGACACUGUCGCAUUUUGGCGUGGCCUGUGGUCAGAGCCCGUAAACCACAGCGAGGGCCCUUGCAUGGAAGUUGUGGCGAGCCAGAGUGCAAGUGUUACGCCUAUGGACCCCGUCACCAUAACGCCUGAAGACGUGGACGGGCUGCAUCAUUACUGGCUGAAGGGGUUCGUAGUGUGUCACGCUGUGCUAGCCCGACAGUUUCAAGAGGCUCUCGAUCAGAAGUCGCUCCCGAGCCUCUUCACUACUGGGAUCACUCAUUUGGUUCCUAAAGAUCAGAAUACCACAGACCCGAGCAAAUACCGCCCCAUCACGUGUCUACCCCCCAUAUAUAAGAAUCACUCGUCACCUGGAGCUAAAUCAGUUUAUGAUGCAUGUAAAGAAUAA